AUGUCGGGCAUCGGCGCCGCCGGCCUGCAGCUCUACAACUUUGGCCAGACCGUCUCCAUGGUCUUCUUCACCGACAGCUGGCGGCCGGCGUCCUUUUACGACCGCGUCAAGGAGAACCGCCAGAUCGGCCUGCACACGCUCGUGCUGCUCGACAUCAAGGUCAAGGAGCAGAGCGUCGAGAACAUGAUCCGCGGCCGCCUCGUCUACGAGCCGCCGCGCUACAUGACCGUCGGGCAGUGCGCGCGCCAGAUGCUCGAGAUUGAGGAGGAGAAGGGCGAGGGCGCCUACGGGCCUGACAGCCUCGCCAUUGGCGCCGCGCGCGUCGGCGGCCGGACGGAGAAGUUUGUCGCCGGCACGCUGAGGGAGCUCUGCGAUACGGACGAGCUGCUGGGCGCGCCGCUGCACAGCAUGGUGUUGCUGGGCAGGAGGACGCACGAGCUCGAGCACGACUACGUCAAGGCGUUCGCAGUGGACAAGGAGGCGUGGAGCAGGAUAUGGAACGAGGAGUACGGGAAGCAGCUGUAG